AUGGCAUUUAUUUUGAUUGUUACAGUUUGUUUUUUACUCGCAACUAUUUCCGAAUGUAACGUUCGACCAGCAUGUUUACAUGCAGACAAUCAAAUAGAGUUAACCAAUUAUCCGAUUGGAGGUUCACCAAUCAGUUGGAUUAUGUCGCCAGGAUCAUCACUAUUUGCAUCUCCUGAUUAUUUACCAGUUACCACUCCACCUUACUGUGAAUCUGCUAAUUUUCGUGUUCCAUCAUAUCAGCGUCAUUUAAAUACAACCUUUCUUGGAAGCAACAUAUUAACAACUGAGAAAGUUAUCUCAACUCAAGAUCUUGCCCGUGAUUUUGUUGGUUUACCUGGGUUAGUUGUGAUCGCUGAUCAACAAACUCGUGGAAGAGCCAGAGCAAGUCAAACUUGGACUUCACCAAUGGGUGAUAUUUAUAUGUCAGUCAAUGUUAACCUUACAGAUCGUAAUCUAUCCCCAUUACUUCAAUCAAUUGCCGCUCUUUCUAUUGUCAACUCUGUUCACGAAAAGCUAUCUGGUUAUCAAGACAUUGGUUUAACUUAUACUUGGCCAAACUCAGUUACUUGGAAAAAACUAAAGAUUGCUGGUGUUUUAGUUGAACAAUCUUCGGUUGAUGAUACAUGGUUCACAGUUGGAAUAGGAAUUAGACUCAACAGUGUCUCUGGUGUUCCAACACUCAAUUCAAUUAUAGCUGCCCACAAUCACAUGCAUGGUACUCUUUUGGAACCCAUCAACAGAGAGGAAUUGAUAGCAAGAGUUUUAAACAAUUUUGAAAUACUUAUUGAAACAAUGAGGAAAGAUCCUGAUUUGGUUCGUGAUUUAUUGGCCUCAAAAUGGAUUAGUCAAAAGAAGACAAUUCAUCUUAAUUUUCAUGGGAUUAUAACUGGAAUUGAUGAUAACAAUGAACUUGUCAUGAAAGACUCUCGUGGUAUUCGGGUUUUAAUUAAUCCAGACUUACAUAUUGUCUCGACUGAUGAUACAGUCCUUUCAUCUUCUAUAUCUUAUCAACUAAUCAGUUCCAACUCAAUUUAUGAGACAGAAUAA